AUGAGUUACUUCACGCUCUCCCCGAAACCUCCACACUCUGGCGCGGACAGCCCAGGCUCCUCUGUAUUUGACCUGCCUACACAGACUGGCCUUGCUCAGGUGACGCCGGACAGACACACCCGUGCGCUCUCUGGAGAAUCGGCUGAACGUCUAGAAUCUGCUACACGGAGCGAAACGUCGUUCGUGGUCAUCUCUGGCGGUACGGGGUGCAACUCGAUCUGCUCCGCGUUCGGCCAUUCUGCCUGCUAUAUCCUGCCUGUAUCUGAUGAUGGGGGUUCGUCGAGUGAAAUUAUCCGUGUCUUGGGUGGUCCGUCGAUAGGUGAUAUCCGCUCGAGGCUCGUGCGGCUCAUUCCCCCUGCGGACGCCGCGUCUCCUCUUGAAUCUAUCAGGAACUUCCUGGCGUAUCGUCUUCCCGCGCAUUAUACAGAGAAGGAGGCCCGUGAAGAGUGGAGGGAUAUUGUAGAGGGACGGAGCAAGCUCUGGUCCGGGAUCCCGAACGACCGCAAGGAGAUGAUCAGAGGGUUUCUCGUGCACUUUGAGAGUGAAAUACUGAAGCGAGCACACAAGAAUUUCUCGUUUGUCAACGGGAGCAUAGGCAACUACUUUCUUUCUGCUGCCCAGGCGUUCUUCCGGUCGCUCCCUUCUGCAAUAUUUCUAUUCUCCUCUAUCACCAACAGCCAGGCCAACAUUCUCCCUGUGAUAGUUACAAAUCAUACAGUGACUAUCGCAGCUGAGCUGGAGAAUGGCGAGCGGCUGGUCGGACAGUGUGAAAUAUCUCACCCUGUACGACAAGAGCUACGUAUCGAUGUCUCGACGGAGUCAGGACCGAGCUCGCCUGUAGAUCCUUUAGACGGCACUCUUCCGCGGAGCCGAAACGUAAUGUUUCAAUCGGAGGGCAAGCACCAGUUCGAACCUCUCGGUGCACCCAUCACUCGUCUAUUUUACAUCAACGCGUACGGAAACGAGAUCCACCCGUCGCCAAAUCCAGACUACAUAUCUUCGCUUUCACGGCAUGACGUGCUUGUCUACUCGUGCGGAUCUCUGUGGACGAGCAUCAUGCCUUGCCUGGCCCUGAAGGGCGUAGCAAACGGAAUCGCCCGCUCUCGCUCCCUGCGGGCCAAAGUACUCCUCCUCAACUCCGCCAACGACAGGGAGACUGAUGGAUAUACUGCCGUCGACUAUAUUCGCACCAUCACGCGGACGCUCAAUGACGGGCACCACGCGCAGACGUACGGUGGCCUCAGCAAAGCGGACACUACGUACCCCAUCUCGGCAUUCAUUACCCACCUAGUAUACCUCAAGGGCACGACGGUGGAAGUCGAUGUGCCUGCUAUCACAGCUCUCGGGGUGCGUUGUGUGGAGGUGGACGGGUCUGCGGACGAGCGGACCCAGCUGCCGCAAUUCGACGCACCGUCGGUUACGCGUGCCGUUCACGAGAUCCUAGAUAGUAUGAGAGAAGAAUGA